AUGACGUCGGUCUCUCUCCCGCCUAACAGACCUGACAGGACACCAUCUUCAUUCGCGACAUCAUCAUCGGGCGGCUUCGGAGGCCAUUCUGACGCGGGCCAUCACAGUCUCAACUUCGAUGGAGUUGGCGGUGGCAGUGGGAAGCGGUUGAAGCGCAACCUGACGAACCAGCCUUUCGAAAUGACGACUCUCGCAACGAAACGGAAGGGCGUCAACCCAUUCGACGGCGCAAGCUCAGACGACAAUCGCCGGAAGAAAAACACAAAGAAUAGCUCACAAGGCGACUGGAAGAAGAAGUCCCCCCAGCCGCAAGGCGCGAAGCCGAAUGGCGCGAAGAAGGGCUUGAAAGGGUUCGGGUCCACGCAGUCGCGCGGCGGUUUCGGCACUCAAAACAACAACAAGACUCAUACACAGGGCGCAUAUUCUACCGACUACGAAACGGACGAUGCGACCAGCAACGCGGUCGGCGAUGGUACGCCGUACUCCGACAGGAUAUUUUCCCAGCUUCGAAAGGAUGCAAUCGCGCCGCCAAGAUGGCCUUCUGAUCCGGGAAACACGACCUCGAAGGCUGCCAUGGCCAAGUUCAGAGAGGAAUACAAGGCAUAUCGCGACCGCGCCAGAUCUUCUCUGAUGCGCGCCGGCUUGAUUGACGAUCCGGACAAACCUAAACGCCUGGAGGACGCGAUCGAUUUCAAAGGCAUCUGCGACGCGAUGUGCCCAGACUUCGAAAAAAUCACCCGCAUUACCGAGUUCGACGUUCAGUCCGCCGAGAAAGAUCCCCAGACGACUUUCGCCAUCACCUCGAAGAUGGUCAAGAAGCUGGCCAGGUCCGCAGCUGGCCAGGAGGCACCUCUACCCAUGGAUGUCAGAUCUACCGCAGCGCUCAGAAAAACGCUCGAUUACCUCAUCAACGAUCUAUUACAAACAGAUGAAAAUCUGCCCUCCCUACACGGCUUUCUAUGGGAUAGGACACGAGCGAUUCGUAGAGACUUUAUUUUUCAUUCGUCCAUGUCCCCCGAGGAGAUGAAGGACCAAGUUUACUGCCUCGAGACAAUCGCCAGGUUUCACGUCACGUCUCUACAUCUUCUUUCCCAGGAAGGAUUCGCACCAGAAGACUUCUCCGAACAACAGGAAAUCGAACAGCUUGGGAAGUCAUUACUUUCGCUUAUGUUUGCAUACGAUGACUGCAAACCCCAGGGCGUCGUUUGUGAACACGAGGCCGAGUUCAGAGCGUACCAUUUGCUCUUCAGUGCGAACAAGCCCAAUAUACUCGACGAUGUGCAAAAGGAGUGGGGAGACUCUCGUUUCUGGACCGAAUCCGACGAAAUCAGGACAGCUGUUUCACUUGUCGAGAGUCUGCAAAGUGCCGAGGAUUUUCACGGUCCAUUGGGCUCCGGGCCAUCUAUGGCGGUAUCCGGCGCACAUCGCACCUAUUUCCGAAUCCUCGAAAGCAAACAAGUGUCUUACACGAUGGCUUGCUUUGCAGAGAUUCAUCUUGGUCAACUGCGUCGCUCAGUUCUGCGCUCCCUGAAGAAGGCGUACACAAGACCCCGGCACGGGGCAAAAGAUAUCACGCCUUCUACACUCAACCGCUUUCUUCGCUUCGACACAGAAGCUCAGGCAAUUGAUUUUGUCGAUCAGCAUGGUCUCAGCUUUUCAGAUGGACAAGGACCAUCGGGCGAACCCGUCCGAUACCUCGACACUUCGCAACGUCUAACAUGGCCAAGAAUCCACCACAGUUUCUCCCAUCAACUUGUAGAAAGGAAAAGAGGGCAUCACGGUCUUCCUGAUGUCAUUCACAGCACUAUUCCCGACCAGUCCACACAAACCGCACAAGCGACCUCAGGGCGUGGCUUUGGCACAAAUGCUGCAUCGCCCAGGCCACCGCAACAGCAUCCCACGUUUGGCAGCAACUCGACGGCCAAGUCAAACAGCCCAUUCUCUUCUCCUUUCUCGGCUCCUCAAGGGGCCGUGUCGACAGGAUUCGGAGUAACGCCAUCUUUCGGCAAAGCAACAGAAGGCUCAAAGCCUGGUUCAACGGGCUCAGGCCCGUUUGCAAACCCCUUUACUGCCGCGAAUUCCUCUCUUACAACUGCAACGCCAUUUCAGCAGGCGGACCAAGGCUUGCCGCCAACAGCACCGCCUGCUGUUAAUCCGUUUUCUGGCAAGCCAAGCCCAUUCGCCAAGCCGGAAGCAGCACUAGAGAAAGCAACGGCACCCAGUAACCCCUUUACGGGAGCGGCUCAACCUAAUGGUUUUGCCAAACCUGCGCAAUCCGCUCUUCCAUCAUUUCCUGCUUCAUCGUUUGGGGCCAGCACGCAUCAAAAGGCACAGGAAACCACACAAACAAAGCCAGCAGCACAGGCCGGUAGCGGUUUCUCUCCCUCUAUCAGCGUCACUCCUCCGACACCACAGUUCCCGCCGUCAGCUGUAGGUGCUGCCUCGAAAUCAUCCAGUCCAUUCAAUUUCCUGGCAAGCGCCGGCACAUCGCCCGCGACGCCGGCCUUUUCUUCUUCGGGUCCUUCUCAGCAGACACCGAAGCCGGUCGAGGUACAGCCUCCGUCGUCAUCAACAGGAGCGUCAUUUUUUACUCAAUCGGCUGAGCCUGUGGAAAGCCCCAAACCACAGCCCACGCAGUCACCAAGCCCAUUUGCUACUGCUGUACCUGCGGCGGAGACCUCUCAGAAGCUCCCGAGCUCAGGCACACCGUCUUCUCAGUCUCCCCUACCGAAAUUUUCAUUGCAAGCAAGCAAUGCUUUCUCAACCACCACGCCGGCACCGCAAAGUCAACCAAGUUUCUCACUCGGCGCUGCCCAACUGGAAGAAACAACCUCGCAACCUGGGCAAGUUGCGCCCCCCAAGCUCCCAGUCGAAGAACGACGGUCAAACAAGGAUGUCAUGGCGGACUUUGCAAAGUGGUUUGUUACGGGCGACAACGGGUUGAUGCAAGAGUUCGAGAAAUUCGUCGUUGAGCAAAUCGUUGCGGAUACCUUUACAAAGUAUCACAAAGAAGAAGAAGAAAGAAAACGAAAAGAGGAGGAAGCAAGGGACCUGGCAGAAGCACGGAAGUUCCAAGUUUACAACCUCUCCGUCAAGUACUUCUAUCGCUGGAGGGAAAUCGCCCGUAACCUUCGUCUAAGCAAACUGCGGCGGCAGGAGAGGGAAGAGCACCGAAGAGUUCAAAGGGAGCUGCGAGAGGAGGAGAUGAAGAGAAAGAAGAAGGCGUCCAUUGCGGUCGAAGCACGACGAAAAGCCCUGGAGAGGCACGGGGUUGAUCCUGUAGAGGAGUUCAGGGAACUGCUCUACCUCCGAAAAGACGACCCUCAGGUCGAUCUGCAGGCCGAGGCAGAAGCCCUUCUCGCCACCGGUAUCUUGUCGGGCGUUUCGGAUGAACGAGCUGCAGUCGCGAAUGUUAUGCGCCCCCCCGUGAAGGUCGAGACGGCUGCAACAACACCAUUGCCUCGAUCGCGGUCGACGACAAGCUUGUCGCGGUCAUCAUCGGGACCAAAGCCCUGCGGCGCUAAGACGCGAGCUCUGAGAGAAGAAUUCGGCAAAAGCAGCAAUAACUUCCGCCGGUCCCUACCUCCCAUGUCAGCGCACUCCUCGUCGUCGCGCAUGUCAUCAGAGCCUCAGAAACGCGUCAGCAAGGUGUCUGACCGUUGGCGUCUAAAGGCAAUGGGACUCGUAACAAUGCCUGACGGAUCGGCCCUGCCAGAGGCUAUCGCCAAUGAGAUGCGAUACAACGGCAAACGUUAUGAGGGUCUUGGUUCGUUCGGCCUGGACAGAAACGAUACGGAGCGACGCCGGAGCGUAUCCGCCGAUCUCAGCCACGCCGCGGAGGCCCGCCUGCGGUUCUCGCAAUCGCUGAACGGCGGCAGCACCACCCCGCAAACAAAUGGAACUUCACCACUUAGCAAGAGGAAGCGGUCGUUCGAGGAGGACCACGAAGCGGCGGUUACGGAUGAGGCCCGCGUCAAGAAGCGGCCGUCUAGCAACACCGACCUCGACAGGAUACUGCGUGAGGCAAGGGAGAACCUGGAGUCGCUAAGAAGCUCGAGAGUCGAGCUGGACGAAGGGGCGGAAUGGUUCAGGGAGCAAAACGAGAUGAUGCACGCCGAGGAGCUGAGCAGGGCCAGUUCGCCAUGGGGCAAGGGCGGGGGGUAUCGGUGA